UACUGGUUAAAGAAUUGUAUGUCUCUGCUCUAAUAUACGGAAAGUCUGCACUCUAUGGCAAAAACUGGAUGAUUGGAAGGAACUGAUUGCAGAGAGCCUGUCAGCGUGUCCCUGGCCUGCAGCCCUAAAUGAGUGACACCAAGGAACUCCCAUUCCUGGAUCCUGUGCCUGUGCCUGUGUCACGGAAGCGGACCAUGAAGAUGAAGCAUGUGGAUAAUUCAAAAAAAAUGGUGGAGUGGAAGAAUGAUAAUCAAGAACCGGACCCAAAGCACCCAGAGGAGGAUAAACACCCAGAGCAGAGUGAUGCGGAGGACCCAGUCUCACUGCGGCAGUGCCUGGGACCUGGCUGUGUGUAUCCUGCCAGGCCAGGCUCCAAGUACUGCUCAGAUGACUGUGGCAUGAAGUUGGCUGCUGAUCGCAUCUACAUGAUCCUACCCCCGCGCAUUCAGCAGUGGCAAAACAGCCCCUGUGUUGCUGAGGAGUAUGGCAAGAAAAUGCUUGAGCGCAUCCACAGUGAGCAGCAGGACACCCGCACUCGCCUGAGGGACAUGGAGCGCCGUUACCAUGAACUUGAGGCCAUAAUUUUGCAUGGCAAGCAGCAGCCUGUGUGCAUGGAUGAGGAAAGCUACAAAAUUGACAGGGACAGCGCAGACCUGCAGAUCUUCUGUGUCUCCUGUGGAAAACCCAUCAGUAUGCGUGUCGCAUUGCGACACAUGGAGCGCUGCUUUACCAAGACUAAGAAGUACUGUAAGCGACUCCAGGUGCUAUGCCCUUUGCACUCUCGGGACCCUAAGGUACCAAAUGAUGAGGUAUGUGGUUGCCCGCUAGUGCACAAUGUCUUUGAGUCAACAGGUGAUUUCUGUCGCCUCCCCAAACGCCUGUGCAACCACCACUACUGCUGGGAGAAACUGAGGCGUGCUGAGGUGGACCUUGAGCGUGUGCGGGUGCUGGAAGUGCUCCUUGAGCAGGAACACAAGGUGCGCACGGCUAUGAUGAACCGGGCAGGCCUGCUGGCCCUGAUGCUUCACCAGACAAUCCAGCAUGACCCACUCACCACUGACUUGCGCUCCAGAGCGGACAACUGA